ACAGCAAUAUUUCUCAUAAGUCUCAAGAUAGUGAUUGAUGAUUAUCAAUCAAUAUAAUUUUCAUUAUUUUUCAGAAGGACCGACGGCAAAACCAACUGUUCCAACUCCUGCUACAACGGUAACAACUCCUAAAACAACUACAACUACCGUCAAUCCACGUCCAGAUCAGGAUUGUCCAGCGAGUGGAUCGAAACAAAUCAUGUAUCCUGCAGACUGCAGCAAAUAUUAUCAAUGUGAGAAUGGGAAAAAGGAAUUGAAAGAUUGCCCCGAGAGCUUGUUUUUCAAUUUCAAUACUGGAUUGUGUGAUUUCAUCGACCAAACAAAUUGUCAAAGUCCAACUGCAAAACCAACUGUUUCAAGUCCUGCGACAACGGUCACGACUCCCAAAACAACUACCACUACGACAUCCUCAUCCCCUGUUUCUACUACAACACAUUCACCGCCAACAACUAUAGGUAUACACCUCGAACUUCACUGUUUUGAAAUAACGAAUUGUCAAAGAUCGACGGCAAAACCAACUGUUCCAACUCCUGCUACAACGGUAACAACUCCUAAAACAACUACAACUACCGUUAUUCCACAUCCAGAUCAGGAUUGUCCAGCAAGUGGCUCGAAACAAAUCAUGUAUCCUGCAGACUGCAGCAAAUAUUAUCAAUGUGAAAAUGGAAUCAAGGAAUUGAAAGAUUGCCCCGAAAGCUUGUUUUUCAACAUUAAUAAUGGAUUAUUUCCAACUCCUGCUACAACGGUAACAACUCCUGAAACAACUACAACUACCGUUAAUCCACAUCCAGAUCAGGAUUGUCCAGCAAGUGGCUCGAAACAAAUCAUGUAUCCUGCAGACUGCAGCAAAUAUUAUCAAUGUGAGAAUGGGAUCAAGGAAUUGAAAGAUUGCCCCGAAAGCUUGUUUUUCAACAUUAAUAAUGGAUUAUGUGAUUUCAUCGAUCAAACCAAUUGUCAAGGACCGACGGCAAAACCAACUGUUCCAACUCCUGCUACAUCGGUAACAACUCCUAAAACAACUACAACUACCGUUAAUCCACAUCCAGAUCAGGAUUGUCCAGCGAGUGGAUCGAAACAAAUCAUAUAUCCUGGAGACUGCAGCAAAUAUUAUCAAUGUGAGAAUGGGAACAAAGAAUUGAAAGAUUGCCCCGAAAGUUUAUUUUUCAAUUUCAAUACUGGAUUUUGUGAUUUCAUUGACCAAACAGAUUGUCGAGAGUUAUCCUUGAAAUUUACAAAUGAUAUUCAUUAUUUUUCAGAAGGACAUACGGUGAAACCAACAGUGUCAACUUCUGCUACAACGGUCACGACUUCCAAAACUACCACAACUACUCUCAAUCCAAAUCCCGAUCAGGAUUGUCCAGCAAGUGGUUCGAAACAAAUCGUAUAUCCUGGUGACUGCAGCAAAUAUUAUCAAUGUGAAAAUGGGCAUAAGGAACUGAAAGAUUGUCCCGAAAGCUUGUUUUUCAAUGUUAAUAAUGGUUUAUGUGAUUUUAUUGACCAAACAAAUUGUCAAGGACCAACGGCAAAACCAACUGUUCCAACCCCUGCUACAACUGUAAGCACUCCUAAAACUUCUAAAACUACCGUUAAUCCACAUCCAGAUCAGGAUUGUCCAGCUAGUGGAUCGAAACAAAUUAUGUAUCCUGCAGACUGCAGCAAAUAUUAUCAAUGUACGAAUGGAAUCAAGGAAUUGAAAGAUUGCCCCGAGAGCUUGUUUUUCAAUUUCAAUACUGGAUUGUGUGAUUUCAUCGACCAAACAAAUUGUCGUGAGUAUUCUAUAUUCAUAAGCUGAUUUGAAAGUUUCUCU